AUGCCAAACACAAGUCUCCGCCGCCCGCAAAAGGGCUACCGCCGAGGCGGGAAACAAGCCUACCACGGUCCCGGCCGCACGACACGCACCUUCGCCGCCUCCUCCCGCACGGAAGCGACCUCGGCCGACGAGAAGUGGGAGCGCACCCGCCUGGCCCACGCCAUCGACGAGAACAUGGGCUUCGCCCGCUACGAGGGCGGCAAGCGGAAGGAGGGCUGGCUGGUCAACGUGCAGCCCACGGCCGUCGAGGACGAGCGCAUACCGGGCGGCCGCGCCGCGCUCGACUGCUACUUCCUCGAGGACGACGGCCAGACCUUCAAGGCCACGGUCGAGUACGACCCGUACCUCCUCAUCGCCGUCAAGAAGGGCCGCGAGGGCGAGGUCGAGGAGUGGGUCAAGCGCGUGCCGGGCGGCGGCGUGGUCAAGACGGUCAAGAGGGUCGAGAAGGAGGACCUGAAGAUGCCGAAUCACUUGCUGGGGUACCGCCGGACGUUUCUGGAGCUGAGGUUCGCCAACGUGAAUGAUUUGAUGGCGGCGAGGAAGGAUAUCAUGCCGAUCGCGGCGAGGAAUAGGAAGAAUGUGGAUGCGAUGGAUGCAUAUGCUGAGGUCGCUACGACGAACGGCGACUUUGACCUUUUUGACGACUCACGAGAUGACGAUAGACGAGCUAAUGCUUCUUUUGCCGACGCCAGCGACUUCAUUGUCGAUAUUAGAGAGUACGACGUACCGUACCAUGUAAGAGUAAUGAUAGAUAUGGAUAUUCGGGUGGGAAAAUGGUACUUCAUUGACGUGAAGCACGGCGUCACGAAGAUCACAAUCAACGAGGACAGGCUGGCCAUGGCAGACCCCGUGGUCAUGGCCUACGAUAUCGAGACGACGAAGCUGCCCCUGAAAUUCCCCGACGCCGCCACCGACCAGAUCAUGAUGAUUUCGUACAUGAUUGACGGCCAGGGUUUCCUCAUCACCAACCGAGAGAUCAUCUCCGAAGACAUUGGCGACUUCGACUACACGCCCAAGCCAGAAUACCCCGGUCCGUUCAUGAUUUUCAACGAGCCCGACGAGAAGGCCGUCAUCGAGCGCUUCUUCCUGCACAUCAAGGAGGCGCGGCCGACGGUCAUUGCGACGUACAACGGUGACUUUUUCGAUUGGCCGUUUGUCGAGGCGCGCGCGAGCGUCAACGGUAUCGACAUGUACCAGGAGAUUGGCUGGAAGAAGGACAGCGAGGACCAGUACAAGUGCAGUUACAGUGUACACAUGGAUUGUUUCCACUGGGUAAAUCGAGACUCCUACUUGCCUCAGGGAUCUCGAGGUUUGAAGGCCGUCACUGUGGCGAAGCUCGGAUACGACCCUGACGAACUCGACCCCGAGCUGAUGACGCCGUAUGCGCAAGAACGGCCGCAGACGCUGGCAGAGUACUCAGUUUCCGACGCUGUUGCGACGUACUACCUGUACAUGAAAUAUGUGCACCCCUUCAUCUUCUCGCUUUGCACUAUCCUGCCGCUUGGUGGUGACGACACGCUGAGGAAGGGUACCGGUACCCUUUGCGAGAUGUUGCUGAUGGUGCAGGCGUACCAGAAGGAGAUUGUUCUGCCGAAUAAGCACGUAUCUCCUAGGGAAGCAUUUUAUGAGGGACACUUGCUCGACUCAGAGACGUACGUUGGAGGUCACGUUGAGAGUAUCGAAGCCGGUGUCUUUCGGUCAGAUAUCCCUGUCAACUUCGCGGUUGACCCUGGUGCUGUGGAUGAGUUGCUCAACGACUUGGAUGCUGCGCUCAAGUUUAGUAUCACGGUCGAAGAGAAGAAAUCCAUGGACGACAUUGCGAACUACGACGAGAUCAAAGAGCAGAUCGCAGAUCGACUACGCGCCCUGAAAGAGACACCCAAUCGAAGCGAACGACCCUUGAUCUACCAUCUCGAUGUCGCUUCCAUGUACCCCAACAUCAUGACGACAAAUCGACUGCAACCAGAUUCUAUGAUCCAGGAGUCGGACUGCGCGGCAUGCGACUUCAACAGGCCCGGCAAGACUUGCGACAGACGAUUGCCCUGGGCUUGGAGAGGAGAGUACCUGCCCGCCAAGCGUGAUGAGUACAACAUGAUCAGGAACGCCCUGGAGAACGAAAAGUUUCCCGGCAAGUGGCCCAACUCGCCGAUGCGGUCAUACCAAGACCUCAGCCCCGAUGAGCAGACGGCGCUCCUAAGGAAACGGUUGCAACUCUACUCGCAAAAGGUCUACCACAAGAUCCACGACUCGACAACCAUUGUCAAGGAGGCCAUCAUCUGCCAGCGCGAGAACCCGUUCUACAUCAACACGGUGCGUGACUUCCGUGAUCGUCGUUACGAUUACAAGGGCAAGGCCAAGGUGUGGAAGGGCAAGACGGAGGCGCUCAAGUCGUCCGGCGCGACGUCGACUGAGGUCGAUGCGGCGAAGAAGAUGAUCAUUCUCUUUGAUUCGCUGCAGCUUGCCCACAAGGUCAUUCUGAACUCUUUCUACGGGUACGUCAUGAGAAAGGGUUCUCGCUGGUACUCCAUGGAGAUGGCUGGUGUGACGUGUUUGACGGGAGCCACGAUUAUCCAGCUUGCUCGAAGUCUCGUCGAGCGUCUUGGUCGCCCUCUGGAACUGGAUACCGACGGUAUUUGGUGCAUGCUUCCCGCCACGUUCCCCGAAAACUUUGCCUUCAAGACGAAGAACGGCAAGAAGGUCACCAUUUCGUACCCCUGCACCAUGUUAAACCAUCUGGUUCACGCCCAGUUCACGAACCACCAGUACCAGACGCUCAAGGAUCCCAAGACGUUCAAGUACGAAACACACAGCGACAACUCCAUUUUCUUCGAAGUCGACGGUCCGUACAAGGCCAUGAUCCUGCCCACUUCCAAGGAAGAGGACAAGAACUUGAAGAAGCGUUACGCCGUCUUCAACGACGAUGGCAGUUUGGCAGAGCUGAAGGGUUUCGAGGUCAAGCGCAGAGGUGAGCUGAAGCUCAUCAAGAUCUUCCAGCAGCAAAUCUUCAAGUUCUUCCUUGAGGGUACGACCCUCGCUGAGUGCUACACCGCGGUCGCUAAGGUGGCGAACCAGUGGUUGGAUGUAUUGCACAGCAAGGGCUCAACUCUGGCUGACCAGGAGCUCAUGGAACUCAUUUCCGAGAACAGGAGCAUGUCCAAGACUCUUGAGGAAUACGGCUCGCAGAAGUCAACAUCGAUCACAACGGCGCGACGUCUGGCGGACUUUUUGGGCGAGCAGAUGGUCAAGGACAAGGGAUUGAACUGCAAAUUCAUCAUCUGCGCCAGACCGAAGAAUGCUCCUGUCACUGAGCGUGCUGUGCCGGUUGCUAUCUUUUCUGCCGAGGAGACAACGAAGCGGUUUUACCUCAAGAAGUGGCUGAAGGAAGAGCCUGCCGACACCGACCCGAGAGCCCUCUUGGAUUGGGACUACUACCUAGAGCGUCUUGGAUCUGUCAUCCAGAAGCUCAUCACCAUCCCGGCUGCCCUUCAGAAAGUCCGCAACCCCGUUCCUCGCGUUCCUCAUCCCGACUGGCUCCAGCGGAGGAUCAACAUCAAGGAGGACAAGAUGAAGCAGAAGAAACUUACCGACCUCUUCCCCAAGGGUCCGUUGGAGGACAUCACCAACCUGAACGGCCGGAGUCUGGAUGACCUUGAAGAUUUCGGUAGCAAGCUACUCAAGCCGAAGCCGGUCACUGCUGUGGUUGCUUCAUCGCAGCCCGCUCCUAUGUCUCAGAAGAGGAAGUCGCCGGAGCCUGUCGAAAAUGCGGACCCCUUCGCGGGUUUGCCCAAGGUGAUGCCUUCGCCUUCAGAAGACUAUGUUGGCUUCCUGCAGUACCAGAAGCAGAAGUGGAAGAUCCAGAAGCAGGCUCGCAUACGCAGACGACAGCUUUUCGGCGAUCGACGCGGCAACCAGAGCAACAUCCAGGCGACCUUCAUGAAGCAGGCUCACAUGACUUUUAUGAACACAUGGCAGCUUCUGCAUCUCAAGGCCACCGAGACUCCCGGUGUCGUCACCGCGUAUGUGCUCAUCGACGCCAAGAUCCACUCGACCAAGAUCAAGGUCCCGCGACAGGUGUUCCUGAACCUGAAGAGCGGUGACAUGCCGGAUGUCGAUAUUCCUGGCUGUGAGGUCGAGCAGGUCAACCACACUCUCCCGAACGGACAUUCGUCUGUUCAUCUGUUCAAGCUCACCGUUCCGGAGGAUGUCUACUUUGCUGAGACGGAUAAGUUUUCGCUCUUGUUCAACCACCCCAGUGUCGAAGGUGUGUACGAGAAGCACUUGCCGCUCAACAUCAGAGCUGUUCUUCAGCUCGGCAAUCUCUGCACUAUCGAUGAACAGCAGCACGCUGUGCUUGGAAAGGGCCUAGACCAGGGAUUCGAUCUGUCUGGUCUCAAGCGGCCUCUGAAGAAGAGGACGUACCUCGAUUCCUCACCACUGGCGUACAUCUACAUCUCCCACAUCACCGCAGGAGACAGACAGAUCUUUGGUGUGUUCUCGACAACGAGAAAUGAGGCACACAUUAUUAUCCUGCAAAAGAGCAGAGAUUCGGGGCAGGACCUGCCCAACAUCUCCAGGAUCUACACAGAACUUCUCGCACGACGCGGAGAGGAGGCUGAAGGCACCAACUGGCAGGACUGCUUCCGGUACCAGGAAAAGCUUACCUUCAAGAUCACGCAAGUCACGACGAAGAGGAAAGCCCAUCUGGAGCUGAGCGAUGUUGUCAAAAAGAUGAGGAAAGACGAGCUGCGCCCACAGAUGAUGGUCCUCCAGUCCUCCCAGCGCAACAUGCUCAUCACCGACGUGCCGAUCCUAGGCGACUUCCCUGUUCUCCCGCUCAAGUACGACCCCGCGGACAGCUCGCUGCCGCCGCUCGGCUGGCAAGCCGUCGUGGCCAAGCGCCUUGUUGGACACUACCUUGGGCUCGGCUCCUGGAUCCUACACUUGACGACUCUUGCGAGGUAUGGCGACGUGCCACUUUGCAACUUGGAACGUGAGGAUCCUCGCUUCCUCAUUGACAUCACCUACGCCCGUCGUCUGCAAAACAACAACAUCGUGCUUUGGUGGUCCGCCAGCCCGCGUCCCGAUCACGCUGGCUACGAAAAGGACGACAUUACCGGUCCCCUUGACACCGUGAAAAUGCCUUCCGUCAACAAUCCGGGCACAUUCUCUUCAGUCUGCAUCGACCUAGAAGUCAGGAAUCUCGCUAUCAAUACCAUCUUGACAUCAUCACUCAUCAACGAGCUCGAGGGGGCAGACUCCAUCUCUUUCAACCCUGCCGGCGAUGGGUCGGGAGACGAUGUCAUCACUUCAGAAGGUACCUUCGCCAAUGCAGGCGUUUUGGUUCUUCGCGAGAUGGUGAAGAGUUGGUGGCAGGAAGCCUGCAAGGGGAACACCAUGGCUGAUGUCAUGGUGCAACAUCUCGUUCGUUGGGUCGAGAAUCCGGAUUCUUUCUUGUACGAUCGGGCACUGCACUACUACGUCCAGAUGAUGUCCCGAAAAGCGUUCCAGCAGCUCAUGGCUGACUUCCGUCGCGUGGGCUCCCAAGUUGUCUUUGCAAACUCAAAUCGUCUGCUCCUGCAAACCACCAAGGCUGAGGUUGGCACCGCGUUUGCGUACAGCCAGUACAUCAUCAAAUCGAUCAAGAGCAAGCCGCUCUUCCACUUCAUCGACCUUGAAAUCAAGGAGUACUGGGACUACCUUGUUUGGUACGACGAGUUCAACUACGGUGGCAAGGCGUGCCAGGAAGUCGUCGAGGCUGAAAGGCAGGACCUGGACACCGUCAUGCACUGGCAGAUGGCUACCUUCUUGCCCACUCGUCUCCAGCCGACGUUCCAGGACUGGGUUAUUGAGUUCAUCCACCUCAUGCACGGCCUCAAACGCCCACAGGGAGAGUUCGACUCCACUCCCCGGCUGACGCAACUCCCGCAGAAGUCGCUAGCCGAGGGCGCGGAAGGACAGAUCAUUCUCGGCAAGAAGUUCGAGAAACCUCUCAAGAAGGAUAUUGCGAACCUGGUCAACCUGCAGAAGAGAGAGCUAUUGCAUCCCGAGUUGGCGGGCGACUACUCCUUCCCACAGCUACCAGGCAGCCACCUCGCACAUCUGUCAUCGAGGAACGCCGUGCUGGAGCUAGUCAAAGCUCUGAUGCAGGUCCUCUCCCUCGACAAGAACAUCACGCUCGAGGCGAGGCUGCUGAGGAAGGAGCUGCUCGCCAUGUUCGACGUGCGGGAGUUCAGCAAAGAAGGCGCCUUCCAGAACCCGAGCGAGAGCCUCAAGCUGGUCCAGCUCUCCUGCGACAGCUGCACCAUGGCGCGCGACCUCGACUUCUGCCGGGACGAGGACCUCCUCCCGGAGCUCGGCCCCGACGGCAAGCGCCUCGGCCCGGAGACGAGGCCGUGGCGGUGCGGGUUCUGCGAGGCCGAGUACGACCGCAACGCCAUCGAGGAGAUGCUCCUCGCGCAGGUCGAGGCCUUCGUCGUGGAGUGGAGCACGCAGGACCUCAAGUGCGGCAAGUGCGGCGCGCUCCGGCUCAACGAGUUCAUGGAGCAUUGUACGUGUUCCGGCGAGUGGGUGGAGAGCGUGAAGAGGGGGGAGAUCGUCAAGAGGAUCGGGGUGUACGCGAGCGUUGCCAAGUUCUUUGGGUUGAGGAUGUUGGGGGAGGUUACGGAGGGGUUGAAGAAGGGAUUGUAA